AGCACUGCUGGGCACUGGUGGGCACAGGUGGGUGGCACUGGUGGGCACAGGUGGGUGGGCACAUGUGGGUGGCAGUGCUGUGCACAGGUAGGUGGCACUUCUGGGCACAGGUGUGUGGCACUGCUGGGUGGCACAGGUGGGUGCACUGCUGGGCACAGGUGGGAGCACUGCUGGGCACAGGUGGGAGCACUGCUGGGCACACGUGGGCGGAACUGGUGGGUGGCACUGCUGGGCACCGAUCAUCAGUGCCCUGAUGAUUGGUGCCAAUCCCUGCUCUGACAACUGCCGGUUCUCGGCACAUGUCAUUGGACACAGCUGA